CCUUUCUCUCCCAACAUGGCGGCACCUGUUGUCAUGUGAACGGUGGGUGCCAGUCUAGCUGCGGUCGGAGGCCGCUGGCUUUUUCACCGUCUGCCUCGGGUGUCAUGUCAGCGGAUGCCUGGGUAAGACGUCCGCUGGUUUGAUGUGGAUGACCGGGGCCUUACGGCGAUGCUCGCUCUUUUGGCAGCUCGUCAGAGCGGCUGUGAUGAGCCUCUGCGGGUGAGGAGAGCCGAGUCCACUAGGAGUAAUUGAUAUGCAUCCUCCUGAACCUCCAAUAAAUGCAGUGAUAAACAAUUUCAGUUCAGAGAAGAUUUAUUUCCAAAACUUUGGAAGGAGUGGAGGUCUCAGUUUGAGUUGCUGGCAAUGGUGAACAUUGAACUGCCUGCAACUAUGGGUGUUAAAUCUAGAGUUAAACAAAGACCGGGAUGUACAGAGAAUCCAUGGAAGUGGAGUUAAUACUCUUGACAUUGACCCUGUUGAGGGAAAAUACAUGUUGUCCGGUGGAUCAGAUGGCGUAAUUGCAAUAUAUGAUUUGGAGAAUGCCACUAAAAGACUGCAGUAUACCUGCAAGGCCAUCUGUACAGUGGGCAGGUCCCAUGGCCACGUUCACAAAUAUAGUGUGGAGACUGUUCAGUGGUAUCCUUGUGACACUGGCAUGUUUACAUCAAGCUCGUUUGAUAAAACUUUGAAAAUAUGGGACACAAACAGACUACUACCUGCUGAAGUGUUCAGCUUCGAAGGAACAGUCUAUUGUCAUCAUAUGUCACCAGUUGCAACCAAGCACUGCCUGAUAGCUGUUGGUACCAAGAAUCCUAAAGUACAGCUUUGUGAUCUUAAGUCUGGAUCCUGCACCCACAUUCUGCAGGGCCACAGAGAAGAGGUAUUGUCAGUGAAAUGGUCACCACGCCAUGAACACAUCCUGGUAACAGCGAGUGCCGAUAGCAAAGUUAGGAUCUGGGAUGUACGAAAAGCUUCUGGGAGUUUAAUUUUGCUUGAUCAGCACAAUGGUGAGAUUGCUAAAUCUUCUUCAGAGGCAGCAAAUACUGCUCAUAAUGGGCGUGUUAAUGGUCUAUGUUUUACAACUGAUGGACUCCACUUUUUAACUAUUGGCACAGACGAUCGCAUGAGACUCUGGAAUAGUUCCACGGGACACAAUACGCUGGUCAAUUAUGGAAGAGUGUGUAAUGAAAGCCGAAAAGGUCUCAAGUUUACAGUGUCCAGUGGCUGCAGUCCAGAUUUUGCCUUUGUUCCUGUUGAUAGUUGUAUUGCGGUGUAUGACAUCUUCUCUGGACAACUGUUAACUGAACUCAGGGGACAUUAUAAUUAUGUAAACUGCUGCACAUUCCAGGCUUACUUCCAAGAACUUUACAGCGGUGGCAGUGAUGUUAACAUUUUAGCAUGGAUUCCAGAUCUUGGUCGAACUGGUUUGGAAAAUGAUGAACCUAAGGGGUUCUCUUCACAGGCACAGCAAGGCUUCGUAGACUUUGCUAUAUUCAAGCAGCUUAUGCAUCUUUUGAUGGUGUCGCCAUCUGCUAUCAAUCAAACUUCAUCUCCUGAUUCUGAACUAUAGUUGACCACCCCAUUUUGAAACUAGAACUUCUCAGAAUCUCAUCUUCCAGGAUGAAUGGAGCAGCAGUGAUGAUGAAAACUGAAGUCCAGUUUACACUCUCGGAGCAAGAAACUGCUCCGAAUGUGUAUACACUCCUGUAGAAUAGUUCAAAAUUGUUCAAACGUUAAAUACUACUCUACCUUCACUAUUCUGCUAGCAUUUACAGCUAGAUGAAGCAACUUGGAUUUCCAAUGGUUUAGUGAGUAAAUGCACCAUUUUUUAUGUUAUGAAGCCAAGCAGACUCAGGCUGAUCAUAUGACUGAUCUGAGGUAGCUGACCUCAGCCAGGAGAGCUAGUACAGUGCUACAAUAGGUUCCUGUCUCCAACCUCGGAAGAGGGAAAAUAUUGGCAUUGGCUCCAACAAUUCACUGUUAUCCAGUUACCCCUUAUGAAAAGUGUUUUUGUUUGGAUCAGAGUUGGAUAGCCUACUGAAAGUCACUGCCUAGGUUCAUAUAGAAACAAUGACUACUUGAAAGAAGAACUGGAGAGUUGCCAAAGCCUACAGGACACAAAAAGAAGACAAAUAUAAAAUUGUUCUCAAUCAGCUAUGAAGAUUUAAAUACAUGAGAUACUGUAGAAUAUUUAGCAUGUUGCAUUGAUUUAUUUCCAAUGUUUUUCCUUUUGAGAAUGGAUAAUCUUUCGUAAUUGACUGAUGAGUUCAUCCAAAAAUAACACUGAUUCUUGAUAUGAAUUAAUAAUUAUACUUAUGCCAAGGUAAUUCCUGUCCCCAUGCACAUGCGCAGGUGCACAUUCAUAUAGCCAAUGUACAAUUUAAAUAACUGGAAUUUAUUUUGCUGUAAUGUACCUAAUUUGCAUCAGAUAAUGUUUAGAAUCAUGUGGCAGUGAUGGAUGAACCUGAGUAUCAAACUGCAGGCUAUUGUAUUUUGCAUUUGUACGGUGGUGUAUACCUGACUGCUGGUCAGCUUGGUUCCUUCCAUUUUUUAGAUUACGGUCUGCUACAGCUGUCUGAAGGUUUUUCUAAGUGUUUGUGAUAAAGGCAAGUAUCUAUGCUGUUAAGUUUGAUAUGUAAAGAUUGAAAAGUUGAAUUAUUUGUAAAUGAUUUGAUGAAUAUGAUAUAAAGCACAUUAAACAUUUUUAUAUAUAAA